AUGCAAGCCGCCAUCAAUGCCGCUUCGAGAGACACCAACUUGACUGCUUUCUUCAAGUUGAAUCGCGUCGACGAGAGCGCACGGCAAUAUUUCUACAGAGAAAUUCCUCACCACUACGUUUUCAUCAAGAAAACCAAUUCGUGUAAGCCUCGCAUGAAACGGGCCAAGAUCAUCGGUCGCCUAUACACGGGCCAACAAGCUUUGAAGAUUUGCGACACAGUCGACCAGAUUGUACAUCCCACUUUUAAAGCGGCAGCAAUAGCACUGAUUUUGCUGGAAGACGACACAGCUUGGGCUAGAGCCAUGCAAGAAGCGGCAGCAUUCCAAAUGCCUCUUCAGCUGAGGCAGCUUUUUGUCGACAUUUGCCUCUUCUCUAAUCCCUCCGACGCUCUGCAUCUGUUUGAAAUCAACCUGAACCAUCUGAUAGAAUACUACAUUAGAAGCGGGCAUGAAGCCAACGUGGCCAAGAACUUGACAUUGAAAUGGAUUCAGAACAAGCUACGUCUCCACAAUCAGACGAUGGAAGAUCUCUCCUUGACUGUCCCGGAUUUCCAUCUGAUUAACCAACUGGUCGAAGCUCAGAUGGAAGAGAACAACGAAAACAGUCAAAGAGAAAAGAGACUGAUGGGCGAAAUGAUGUUGGCGCAACUCAACGAUGGGCAACGCGCAGCCUUUGAUCAAGUCAUGACUGCUGUCAACGAUGUCAACAACUCACAUCCGCGGCAGUAUUUCCUAGACGGUCCUGGAGGAACGGGAAAGACCUUUCUCUACAACACCCUAAUCACCGUCCUCCAAGGCCAAGGGAGACAAGUCAUCGCAGUGGCUUCCACGGGGUACGCGUCAAAUUUGUUACUGGACGGAACAACUUACUAUUCGCAGUUCAAGAUUUAUCCUCCAAUAACAGAGACGACACGAUCGAAAAUCGAAGAAGCUAGCUACAACGCGCAACUGAUCAGAAACGCCAGUCUCAUAAUUUCAGACGAAGCCACCAUGAAGACCAACCACGCCCUCGACGCGAUCAAUCAUCUUUUCCAAACUGUCAUGAAGAAUCGCGUCGAUCCCUACGGUGGCAAAGUUCUCUUGCUCGGCGGCGAUUUUAGACAGUUCUUGCCCGUUGUGAGACACGGAAACAGGGUAAAAAUCAUCGAAGGGACCAUCACCAAUAACGCGACUUGGCCUCUUUUUCGACAGCUUCAAUUGGUGCAAAACAUGCGCACCGCCGAUGGUAGUCAAGAUUUCGCUGAUUGGCUCAUUCAACUGGGAAACGGAUCUUUGGCACAAACACCGCGGCUCAAUGACCCAGAUCUCAUCGAAAUUCCGCAAGACCUUCUCAACAUUCGAACUAACUUAAUCGAACACGUCUUUGGCGAUCCAUCGGAUCUCUUAAACGAAAGCAUCAGAGAACAAGUUUGUAACCGGGCUAUUCUAUGUCCCAAGAAUGAAGACUGUCUUAUGAUCAACAACAAGAUCAUUGGCGAGAUGCCUGUUGCGUUGAAAUUCUGCAAAAGUAUCGACAUUAUCGAUUCAGAGGACCCAAAGGAAAUUUCCAACUACCCUCCGGAAAUUUUUAAUACCUUCAACGUCUCCGGGCUACCACUGCACCAACUGAAACUGAAAAUAGGAGCCAUCGUCAUUCUUCUCAAGAACAUUGACUCGCGACAGGGACUUUGCAACGGCACGAGGCUCAUCAUCAAGGCGCUCAGCGGUAACCUGAUUGUGGCAGAGAUCGUGGCCGGGAAACACAAAGGACACAACGUCUUCCUUCCGCGGAUGUCCAUGUCUCCCACCGACUCUGACUUGCCCUUCAAACUCAAAAGAUUGCAGUUUCCUGUGCUUGUGGCUUUCGCUAUGACCAUCAACAAGUCACAGGGACAGACUUUUGAGCGAGUAGGCAUCUACCUUCCUGAAUCCGUCUUCAGCCACGGCCAACUAUACGUUGCGUUCUCACGAGCCACAUCGAGGGAAGGUGUUAAAAUUCAGUGCGAAGAAACGGACAAACAAGGCAAGCUACUUCGGAAUCUUCCGCAAUCCACGGAGCAAGACAAAAACAAGGUUUUCACCAAAAACGUUGUUUACAAAGCAGUUCUCCUCGAAUAG